AUGGUGCAGGAACCCUGGCCGAGCCGGGAUGUUCAGAACGAUGGCCCGUGCACCAAGCUGCAGAGCGUCCUCGCGAUGGAAAUUGACACCGACGGUGUCAUGUGGGUCGUCGACUCGGGCCCCAAGAGAAUUCAGAACUUGGGCCCUGAGCAGGGCGUGCUCGAUGUGAGGUCUUCAGAGAUCACGCGGGGCCGGGAGUGUCCUCCGAAGGUGGUUCUGAUCGACAUCCCCACUGGCGACGUGAUCCACUCCUACGAGUUUCCAGACUCCUCGGCAAAGAAGUCUUCUUUACGGGAUGGAUCCUUGCUCACGGACCUUGUCCUCGAUGUCAAGCGCAAGAUCGCAUACAUCAGCGACUCGAAUGGCCCCGAGGACGCAGUGGGUGGCAUCAUCGUCUACGACCUGGAAAACAACCGAAGCCGGCGAUUCCAUCCGGAAAACAACUGCGUGGAGAAGGCCGAGCCACUUGGCUCAGUAUGA